GGGCAUGUGGUACCCGAUUGCCUUAUCACCUGUGCAACAGCCAUCCCUGUCCCCCGAGAAAGCGCCAGCGUGCGAAUAGCCCCGUCCCUGCCGCUGCUGUGCUAGAUCCUCAGACCCGAACCCUCGAGCGGAUGUUAAACGAGGUCCGCACUGGCCUCGUUUCCCCUGAUGUUGCGCGACUUGGGAAUUUGAUUGUGAACACAAUCUGCAAGAAUUCGGAGGAUGGGAUAACAGCCCGAUUGCCUGGAUCUGGAAAGCCAACCGUGGUCAUGAAAAUACCUCAGGCACAGACUUCAGAUUUCAUCCGGGAACGGAAGUUUCCUUCAGGCUUUUUCGGCGAGCAGGGUGGUGAAUCAAUUCAUCAUGAACUCAACCAGUUGAACCGUGAAUUCAGCUCGAUCCACCCUGCGUCGCGUCGGCUACGAAAAAUAAUAGAAGAGCAUAGCAUUAGAGUUGCACCUCUAAACCGCUCAAAAUAUCCAGAGAAAAAAAUCGAAAACGAAGAGCUCACACCGCUACAACCUGAUUAAGCCGAGUCAGUCUCGUUUCUUAAUAAUCCGAGUCGUGUAUCAAUUGUAAAACUAUUGCAAAGCCAGGAGGACGCGGGAGCGACAAGUAUUACUCCUUCGAUGUUCAAAUCAGUAUUAAUAUUCUAUCGAAAAUAAACUUAAACCAAC